AUGUCCUCUCCUCCCCGAGAUAUACCAACGUCUGACCUCGAAGAUGUCGAAAUGCAGGAGGGCGAUGUUGGGGAAACAUUUCCGGAUGCGCCUCCUGCUCAGCCUCUUUUUUUCGCGGGGACACCAUCGUCAGCCGGAACACCAGCGCGUCGACGCGACGUGCCGGCCACACCAUCGGGAAUUAUGGCGCGGAGAGCCGUAGGAAUGAGUACACCACGGAAGAGGACACCAUUAUUUGCAGGAACUUCGUCACCUCUGCCAUUUCCAAGUUCUUCCCCCGUGAAAACUCGGACUCCAGCCCGGAAUGCGAGGCUGGACUUUAACGCACCAGGCUCGGAGCCAGAUUCGGAGCCUCUCGAAUUUCCUUCGAGCCCCGCCGUGGCUACACCCAAGAACCGUCGUGGGGACAUUCACUCAUCUCUCAGCAUCACGCCUACGGUCGCCGCUCACCGUCCUCGCAAACCCACCCAUUUGCCUAUCGAUGACCUGAACUCUGACGGCACGCGUCUAUCGCUGCCGCCUUCGUCUGCGCCUGCGCUCUCGGCUCCGACGGUGCCAUCGGACGAACCAGACGAGAUUCGCGCGAUCUGGGGGACGACGGUGAACAUCAGUGAGACGAUGCAGACGUUCCGCGGAUUCUUGCUUGGGUUCAAGAUCAAGUACCGGGUGGCGCACGACCGGGAUCGCGGGGUCCCCACGCGGGUGAUGGCUUUGCCUGAGGAAGGUGAAGCCACGCUUUACGUGACGUACCUACGGCGGAUGCGGCAGACGGGGGAGACGAACCUGAACUUGGACAUGGUGAACCUGAGUGCAUACCCGCCGAGCCGGAAGCUAUAUGGGCAGUUAGUCAAAUAUCCGCAGGAGGUAGUGCCGGCGAUGGACCAGGUAUUGAAGGACUUGAUGCUCGAGGUCGCGGAGGAGGACCAGCAUGCGGGGUUGGAUGGCAUGCGAGGCCAGGAGGGCGAGGAAGAGAUUGCGGAGAUCAUGGGCAAAGUAUACAAGAUUCGGCCGUUCGGCAUGCCCUCUGUCAACAUGCGCGAUCUGAACCCAGCCGAUACGGAUAAACUGGUGUGCAUCAAAGGUCUGGUCAUCCGUGCCACGCCGGUGAUACCAGACAUGAAGGUCGCGUUCUUUCGUUGCCUGAAGUGCAACCACACGGUGCAAGUGGAGAUCGAUCGGGGCAAGAUUGACGAGCCAUCGCACUGCCCACGCGACGUUUGUGCAUCUGUUGGGACGAUGUCACUGGUACACAACCGGUGCGAAUUCGCAGACAGGCAGGUGAUCCGCCUGCAGGAGACUCCGGAUGCGGUACCCGACGGCCAGACACCGCACACCGUCUCGCUGAGCGUGUACGACGAGCUCGUCGACGUCUCGAAGCCCGGAGACCGGCUCGUCGUCACUGGUAUUUUCAGAAGCGUGCCGGUGCGGGUGAACCCGCGCCAGCGCACCAUCAAGAGUUUGUUCAAGACGUUCCUGGAUGUCGUGCACGUACGGAUCGGCAGCAGCGACAGACUGGGGCUCGACAAAAGCACCAGGCCUGCCGGCGGGGACCACGUGCCGGGCGUCGGUGGCGUCGGCGGUGCAGAGGACGAAGGUGAGGAAGACAGUGCCGAUAGAGAAAGGCGAUUGUCAAAGAGGGAAGAGAUGGAAGCCCAGCUGAGGGAACUCAGUCAGCGGCCAGACGUGUAUGACCUUUUAGCGCGGUCGCUUGCUCCGUCGAUCUGGGCAAUGGACGACGUCAAAAAGGGCAUUCUGUUGCAACUCUUCGGCGGUACGAACAAAAGCAUUGCAAGGGGUGGGGGUGCCGGCGGCCCUCGAUAUCGUGGAGACAUCAAUGUCUUGCUGGUCGGUGAUCCUGGUACUAGUAAAUCACAAAUUUUGCAGUAUGUCCACAAGAUCGCACCACGUGGAGUCUACACGUCUGGUAAAGGUUCUUCUGCUGUGGGUCUGACGGCAUAUGUCACUCGAGAUCCUGACUCCAAACAGCUCGUGUUGGAGAGUGGAGCUCUGGUCUUGAGUGACGGAGGAGUCUGCUGCAUUGAUGAAUUUGACAAGAUGUCAGACGCGACUCGGAGUGUUUUGCACGAAGUCAUGGAACAACAAACUGUCUCCAUAGCGAAGGCAGGGAUCAUCACCACGCUGAACGCACGAACAUCCAUUCUUGCUGCUGCGAAUCCCGUAGGCUCCAGAUAUAACAUGAAUGCCACCAUCACGAGCAAUAUAGAUUUACCACCAACCCUCAUCUCUCGUUUCGACCUCCUUUAUCUCGUUCUUGAUCAAGUUGACGAGACCAUUGAUAGGAAGCUAGCGCAGCAUCUCGUAAGCUUGUACCUUGAGGAUGCCCCGGAGACUGGUGGUCAGGAUAUCUUGCCACUCGACCAACUCUCCGCCUACAUCACCUACGCCCGCUCGCGCAUGAAUCCAUCUAUCACCGAGGCAGCGUCGGAAGAGCUCGUUCGCUGCUAUGUCACCUUACGGAAGGCAGGUGAAGACCCCCGCUCGAACGAGAAACGCAUCACGGCGACGACGCGUCAGCUGGAAAGCAUGAUCCGGCUAUCAGAAGCACACGCGCGGAUGCGUUUCUCGCCGCUCGUCGAGCUGGAGGACGUGAAGGAGGCGUACCGGCUCAUGCGUGAGGCGAUCAACACGAGUGCGCGCGACCCGACAACUGGCGAGAUCGACAUGGGCCUCCUGGAUACGGGCAUCGGCCGGCAGCAGCGAAAGAUGCGGGGCGAUAUGCGCAAGGCAAUGCUCAGCAUGCUGGACGGCCACGGGGGAACACGUGGCGUCAGGUGGAUGGAUGGGCUCAAGCAACUGGAGGACCAGAGUAGCAUCAAGGUCAGCACGGCUGAAUUCCAGCAGGUCAUCAGGGAGCUGGAGCAGGAAGGUCUGGUGAAGGUCGUAGGUGAGCGCGAGAGGAGGAUGAUCCGGAGAGCGGAAGGUGCUUAG